CCCUUUGUUGAUGAACAAACAAGUAGCCCAGAUGGAUGGGCCAUUUCCUGGCUGACCAUGACCCAUUUUCUGAUUGUCUGUUUCCAUCAGCUCUGUUCUCCUGUGCUCACAGAAUUGGGCCGUAGUUCUCUCCUAGGGCAGUGUUUCUGAAAGUGAGGUUCUAGGACCAGCCACUUCAGCAACACUUGAGAACUUGUUAGAAGUAGAAGUUCUCAGGCUCCUCCACAGACUAGCUGAGUUAUGAACUCUAGUAGUUGAGCCCAGCAAUCUAUGUUUUCGCCAGGCUUCCCAGUGAUUCUGAUGGCCUUCACGUGAAUCAUCCUCCAGACAGGACUGCAGUAGUGGCUUCCUCUUUAUUCUAUAAGAGCAUUGCUUGCAGUUUUCCUGAAAUUGAGUAACCUCACUGACUGCCUGAGUCUUAGCUCUCCUUCUCUCUGUAUUCAGGGUCUUCAGAAGAGGAAUACAUAGUGGAGGUGGGUCAGAAUGCCUAUCUGCCCUGCUUCUACACUCUGGACACUCCAGGGAACCUCGUGCCUGUAUGCUGGGGCAAAGGAGCCUGUCCUGUGUUUGAGUGUGGCAACGUGGUGCUCAGGACUGAUGAAAGGGAUGUGAGUUAUCGGAUAUCCAGCAGAUACUGGCUAACGGGGGAUUUCCACAAAGGAAAUGUAACCCUGGCCAUAGACAAUGUGACUCUAGAAGACACUGGAAUCUACUGCUGCCGGAUCCAAAUCCCAGGCAUAAUGAAUGAUAAGAAAUUUAACCUGAAGUUGGUCAUCAAACCAGCCAAGGUCACCCCUGCACCGACUCUGCCAGGAGACUCCACUGCAGCCUUUCCAAGGAUGCUUACCACCAAGGAUCAUGGCCCAGCAGAGACACAGACACUGGAGAUCCUCCAUGAUAAAAAUCUCACACAACUGUCCACACUGGCCAAUGAGUUACAGGAUGCUGGAGCAACCAUCAGAAUAGGCGUCUACAUCGGAGCAGGGGUCUCUGCUGGGCUGGCUCUGGCUCUUAUCUUUGGCGCUUUAAUUUUCAAAUGGUAUUCUCAUAGCAAGGCGAAGUUACAGAAUUUAAGCCUCAUCACUUUGGCCAACCUCCCUCCCUCAGGGUUGGCAAAUGCAGCAGCAGAGGGGAUUCGCUCAGAAGAGAAUAUCUAUACCAUUGAGGAGAACGUAUAUGAAAUGGAGGAGCCCAGGUGUGGCAAAGAGAUAAAGAAUGGAAUUCUGGGAGAAAGUUGUCUUUAUCUACAAAGAUCUUUGGAGGAGAGCUACAGACAGACCGGGAGGAAGGAAGAGAAGCUGGAAAACAGCCUCCUAACUAACUGGUCAACCCCAUAAUGCAUCCUCAGGUGGUCGUCUUAAGCCUCAUGCUACUUCAAGCAGAUACUGUAAUUUCUUAAGUGUUGGUGCAGUGGCAGGUCGUUCUGUCGCGCUACCCUGCAGCUACAGCUGUGGAGCAGUCACAUCCACAUGCUGGGAGAGAGGUGGAUGUACUUGGCUGUGCACAAAUAGCAUUGUCUGGACAAAUGGAACCCACGUCAACUAUUGGAAAAACUCACGCUAUCAGCUAUUGGGGGACCUUUCAAAAAGGAACGUCUCUUUGACUAUACAAAAUACAGUUGUGUCUGACAGUGGCUUGUACUGUUGCCAUAUUGAGAACAGGGGAUGGUUCAAUGACAUGAGAAUCACCAUAUCAUUGGAGAUUAUACCACCCAGUGUCAUGACUACUCCAAUUGUCACGACUGUUUCAACUGUUAGAAUGAGCACUACUGUUCCAACGGCCACGAGUGUUCCAACGACAAUGACAGUGUCUGCCUUUGCUCCUCCAAUGCCAUUGCCCACGCAAAACCAUGAACCAGGUAAAACAGAUGUGUUUGGGAGCCCAGAGGCCUUCUAAUGAGGAGCUGCAGCCCAUCCAGGGCACUGCAUCAAGGCAGAAGGACAGUCUAGAGUGAGGGGUGUACCUAGGUUUCAUUCAGGGUCUUCUCAGGGUUUGUGAUCCUCCUCAGCUCCCAAGUUAUAAGCAUCUUUUGUACCACUAAGCUUUUUUGGAGAGAGGGGACCCAC